AUGGAGGGGGUUAUGCGGGGAGCGGCGGACCUCGUGGGUAUUCUAGCUAAACACAUCAAUUCAGUUGUCAGAAGCCAAAUCCGAGCUAAUAUCAAAGAGAAUUAUCAAUUUGAUCGUUUCAAAUUUGAAAGCAGAGAAAAAGAGGAAAUUGAAGAGAUUGUCGACGAAGAGAAGUUUAGAAUAGCGGAACUCGAAAAACUUCUCGAUGAACUGAAAAUCAAGUUUGACGAGCUUGGUCACCCCGUGUUGGAAUUUUUAGAAGGAUACUGGCGCAUUCGCAUGAUCGAAGUUCUUUCCCAACGUGAUCCCUACGACGAGGAACAUGCCAUUGAAUCAAGACGAAUUGGUGUCACACUAGAACUGGACGAAUAUGUUGUCCCUGACAGGAUAUCUCUGCUUAUUGGCUCAAAUAUCAUGUAUGAAAUCAGUACAUAG